ACUAAAAAAAAAAAAAAACAAGUCAAAAGGUUAUAUUUACAAAAUUAUUAUUGUUUACUGAUUUCAAAUAUUUUUUUAUUUUUAUUACAAUAUUUAUGAUUCUUUUUUAAAAUUAUGUAUGAAGUAAUAGCUGAAGCUUUUAAAAUAUUGAACAAGGAGUCAUCAGAACUCUAUUUAGGAAGGGAAAUAGCAGAAACUGAUAUUGUAGACCCUCUAGAUUUCUACAGAGACUAUGUGUCUAAGAAUAUACCAGUGGUAAUAAGAGGGGCAUGCGCGACUUGGGAAGCCAGCGCAAAAUGGAAUGCGUCCUACUUUAGACAGACCAUUCCAGACAAGAAAAUAACAGUAGCUGUCACACCUAAUGGUUUUGCUGAUGGUAUCACCAAGAAUGACAAAGGUAUAGAAUACUUUGUCACACCAUGUGAAGUAGAGAUGACCAUGACAGAAUUCCUAGAUAGUUUAGACACCAAACAGGAGAACUACAUAACAUACAUUCAGCGUCAAAAUUCCAACUUGACAGAGGACUUUAAAGAGCUUAUAUGUGAUGUUGAUACAGAAAUACAUUUCGCUAGCGAGGCAUUUAAUAAAAGUCCAGAUGCUGUCAACUUCUGGAUGGGGGAUGAACGAGCUGUUACUUCUAUGCACAAAGAUCCAUAUGAGAACAUCUACUGUGUGAUUGAUGGCUACAAAGAUUUUAUACUCAUACCACCAACGGACUUACCUUACGUUCCGUACAGACGGUACCCGCAGGCGGAGUUUAGACAGAAUGGUAACAAGUGGGAUAUAGUUCCUAUAAAUAAUUCAUCUAAUCUCAAAUGUGCACAUACGUGUCAGACAGAGCGAGACGAGUGUGAUGGCUGUGCAGGUUUGCCUUGGAUUUGUAUAGACCCAUUAGCGCCAGACUACACAAAUUUCCCAGAGUUCAAGCAGGCGAAUCAAUUUAGAGUACGUCUCAAUAAGGGCGAUUGUCUAUACUUACCUAGUCUAUGGUUUCACCAUGUGAGACAAAGCCAUGGGUGCAUAGCGGUCAAUUACUGGUAUGAUAUGGAAUUUGAUAUAAAAUAUUGUUAUUUUAAAAUGUUAGAAAAACUAUGUCGAAAAUAUUAAAUAUGGAAUUUUUUAUUUUUGUUUUUAUGAUUCCCUUAUUUUUGUAUUAUCGUAAAUAUUGUAAUAUAAUUUAUUAAUAUAAUACUUAACCUUG